GAUUAGUCAGUGCCGGGAGCGCUGCUAUGGCGUUCCUCGGACCCGCGGCUCCUCCUCACACUGUGCUCGAGGCGGAGGCUAGGAGAGGGCCGAGGAGGAGGCGGGCGGCUGGCCGUCGCAAUUGCAGAGCCGGGGCCAAGGGAGGCGGAGGCGGAGCGGGAGCCGCCGCAGCCAGCCGGGCCUCCUGCAGUGCUCCCCUGGCUUGAGGGCGCGGGGCGCCAGCCAUGCCUCGUUGUGGCCACUGAAGCCGGGCGCCGGCGUCCCCGCCGCUGUGCCUCGCUGUCCGGCUGCCCGCGGCGGGAGUACGGAGCCGCCAGCCAGCCAGCGGUGGCGCGGGUGCGGGAGCGCGGGGCCGAAGGAGGCGGGGAAGAUGGACCCGGCUCCCUCGUUAGGCUGCAGCCUCAAGGAUGUGAAGUGGAGCCCAGUGGCCAUGCCGCUGGACCUGCUGGUCAGCACCUACCGGCUGCCCCAGAUCGCGCGGCUGGACAGCGGAGAAUGUGUGGAAGGGCUGCGGGAGAAUGACUACCUGCUGAUCCAUUCGUGCAGGCAGUGGACGACCAUCACUGCCCAUAGCCUGGAGGAAGGUCACUAUGUCAUUGGGCCAAAGAUAGAGAUCCCUGUCCAUUAUGCAGGACAAUUCAAGCUGCUGGAACAAGACCGGGAUAUAAAGGAGCCGGUGCAAUAUUUCAACAGCGUGGAGGAAGUGGCCAAGGCAUUUCCUGAGCGUGUGUACGUCAUGGAGGAAAUUACAUUCAACGUGAAGGUUGCAUCGGGUGAAUGCAAUGAAGACACUGAAGUUUACAACAUCACCCUGUGUACUGGGGACGAGCUCACCCUAAUGGGGCAGGCAGAAAUCCUUUAUGCAAAGACCUUCAAGGAGAAGUCACGUCUCAACACCAUCUUCAAAAAGAUCGGGAAGCUCAACUCCAUCAGCAAGCUGGGGAAAGGCAAAAUGCCGUGCCUCAUUUGUAUGAACCACCGGACCAACGAAAGCAUCAGCCUCCCGUUCCAGUGCAAGGGCAGGUUUAGCACUCGAAGUCCCUUGGAACUUCAGAUGCAGGAAGGGGAGCACACCAUCCGAAACAUCGUCGAGAAGACCCGGCUCCCCGUGAAUGUGACGGUGCCCAGCCCCCCGCCCAGAAAUCCCUACGACCUCCACUUCAUCCGAGAGGGGCACCGCUACAAGUUUGUGAACAUCCAGACCAAGACAGUGGUGGUUUGCUGUGUGCUGCGCAACAACAAGGUCCUCCCCGUGCACUUCCCUUUGCACUUGACUGUCCCCAAGUUCAGCGUCCCGGAACACCUGGUGAAGGGAGACAUGUGGCCGGAAACCCUAGUCCACCACUGGCUCGGCAUCUGCCAAGAGCAGUUUGACAUCGAUGAGUAUUCACGGGCUGUUCGCGAUGUGAAAACGGACUGGACCGAAGACUGCAAGAGCCCCAAAAAGGGCCGCUGCUCUGGCCACAACCAUUUACCCAAUUCCCUCAGCUAUGCCCGCGACGAGCUUACCCAGUCCUUCCACCGGCUCUCCGUCUGUGUGUAUGGCAACAAUCUCCACGGCAAUAGUGAGGUCAAUCUCCACGGAUGCAGGGACCUGGGGGGAGAGUGGGCCCCCUUUCCUCAUGAUAUCCUUCCCUAUCAAGACUCUGGUGACAGUGGGAGCGACUACCUUUUCCCGGAGGCUAACGAGGAGUCAGCGGGCAUCCCCGGGAAACCAGAAGUUCCCUAUGAGGAGCUGUGGCUGGAGGAAGGCAAGCCGGGCCGCCAGCCUCUCGCUCGCUCACUCAGCGAGAAGAGCCGCUGUGAUGCCCUGAGAGGCUCCACACGGUCCACAUGCGCCCCCUCUUCUCCUCCCGCCCCCGUGACCCUGGCAGCCACAGUGAAGUCUUCGGAAAUCGCCCUACCUCCGCCUCCAGUGCCUCCCAAAUCUGAAGCCGUCAGGGAAGAAUGCCGGCUCCUGAACGCCCCGCCCGUGCCACCCCGAAGUGCAAAGCCUUUGUCCACAAGUCCCUCCAUCCCUCCUCGCACGGUCAAGCCAGUUCGGCCACAGACUCGAUCUCCAAGCCCCACCCUGUCGUACUAUUCUUCAGGGCUGCAUAACAUCAGCAUCACUCAGAGUGAUACAAGUCCUCCCAACAGUGCUCCUGUUUCCUGCUACCCCUGCACCCGAGCGAAGAGUGACUCUGUGGACCCCAAGUCCCCAUUUGGAAGUCCUUCUGCCGAAGCUCUGUCCUCCCGGCUCUCCUGGCCCAACCAUUACUCAGGAGCGUCAGAGACCCAGACAAGGAGUGACUUUCUGCUCGAUCCGAGCAGGAGCUACAGCUACCCCAGACAGAAGACGCCUGGCACACCAAAGAGAAGCUGCCCAGCCCCUUUUGAAUUUGAUGGUUGCGAGCGCCUAGGCAGCCCGCCCAGCACGACCUCUGCAGACUUCAGUAGCAGUGGCAUCUCCAGUUGCCCCAAGUCAGCCAGCUACUGUCUGGAGAGCUCCGAGGACAACUCCCCUGCCGCUGGCAUGACCAAGCAGAGUGUCUCCUGCCCUGCCUUACCCCCAAGGGCCCCAAAGCCAAUGGAACAGAAAGCCACCCCUGAAACAUCUCCUUUGCCUCUGAAAAUUGACGGUGCUGAGGAGGAACCCACAGCGGGCUCGCUGGACCUCUCCGAGGACCAAUAUUUUGUCAGAAAGGGCACGCAGGACAUCUUCUCUGUCUCUUACCCUUUCUCCUCUCCGCUCCACCUCCAGCUGGCCCCCAGGUCCUGUGGGGACGGUUCCCCAUGGCAGCCACCCGCUGACCUGUCUGGACUCUCCAUAGAGGAAGUGUCCAAAUCUUUGCGGUUCAUUGGUUUGUCUGAAGACGUCAUAGCUUUCUUUGUCACUGAAAAGAUCGAUGGGAAUUUGCUUGUUCAAUUAACAGAAGAGAUCCUCUCAGAGGAUUUCAGACUAAGCAAACUACAGGUAAAGAAAAUACUGCAGUUUAUCAAUGGCUGGAGGCCCAAGAUAUAGCCUGACGCCCCGUCAGUCCUGAGGCAGGGCUAAGAAGCACGUGCUGGAAGGGGUGGGCUAGGACACAGACCCAUGUUUUUGCACUUAAAAAACAAAACAAAACCUUCUCUGUAAAUAGAGAUAAGAGAAAGUCUUACUAUGCAGAUUCCGUUUCUGAAUGGUGAACAGGCUAUUUUGUAAAUCAGUUAAGAUGCAGAACACCUAGAGGUGUGCCUUGUACGUCACUCAACAUUCAACAGCUGCUAAAAGAACUAAAGUCAUAUCCAGAGAACUCAUUUUGCCCCAGUAGGUCUUGGAGAAGGCAUGGUAUUUAUUACAGAACAGCCAAAGCUGAAACAUGUAAACACUUGAGAGCAGUCCGCUUCAUGGGGCGGCAGCGGUGGACAGUUCACUGUAUUCUGCGGGGUCAGCGGUGGACAGUUCACUGUAUUCCGAGGCUCGCUUUGCUUUGUGCCAGCUGUUUUCCUCCUGUGCCUGGCGAUGUUAGUGUGAAAUGACACUUUAGUGUUCUGUGCUUGGUGGAGAUCUUUUUAUCAAAAGGCAUUUUCCAAAAAUCAUGUUUUGAUAGAAGAUAUCUGGUGUCCUUAGGAAUGGCAUAAAUCAAGGUCGUUGCGUUUGGUCUGUGACUGCUGCUUAUUUCACUGUGCAGAGGAAAAGAAAAUAGAAAAAUAAAGUGUGUGUAUGUGUGUGUGUGUGUGUGUGUGUGUGUGUGUGCAGUACACACGAAUGUGUUUUAAUGUAGUUUUUUAAUCUUAUAUUUUAGAUAACAUCUUUUUACUUUAUAAUAUCCAUUGAGGUUUCCAGGCUUCUAACCGAGUGGAUUCUCUCGAGAACAGUUGGCAGCGUAGCGAUCCCAAAGAGUCACAGAGCCUGAGCUCUGAAGCUCGGCCUCCUAACCUCCAGCCCUGAAAACGCAGACGCAAUCAGGAAAGAUUCUGUGAAGAAUUUAAUGUGCUUUGUAAGCCCGUGGGAGGGCUGAUUCUUAUAUAUCUGUGCUGACAUUUGGGGAAAUGACAGCUACUUUGGAACCUCCAUCCUGUCCUCCUGUGUGCCCCAGUGAGAGGUCUGAAAAAAACUUUCUCCACAAAUGUGAGGUCUGCUCAGCAUACCUCUUGUGUUAGGAAACCUCGUGAUUCAGACAGACCACCUCUCUAUUAUAUAUGCCAUAUCUCUGCACUGAUUCCUAAGAUACCAAUAAGAGGAAUUGCUAAUUCCAUAGUCAAUCUCUGUCUCCUCUUCUAAAAAAACAAUAAUGUCUAAGGAUUUUGCUAAAUGUGAUUAAAUACCCCCAAUAUACCAUCACUUUCUUUCUCUUGACUCUUUGAAUGCAUAUAACCUCAAAGAGUUCCAUUCUUUUCUGAGAAACAUAUCCUCCAAAUAGUCCCUGAGUCCGUCCCCAGACUCUCACUAGGCAGACAUCCUGGUAGUGAGAUACACACCUGAGCUGCCCAGGUGAGAUGGCUUGACCACCAGGAGUCAGUGUAUCCUGAAUGGAUGACCAUAUUUUAUCAUAUCUUCCUGUUCACCAAAAAAGAAACAAACUAUUAAGGGGAAGACCUACCAGUCAGGGUUUGCAGCCAUGUGAAGUAUGUCAUUCUUUCUUGCCAUUAGAGAUCUACUUCAUUCCAUCUUGUGAUCUAGAGUUGAGAUGAAUUGAUACUUAGUCUCAUUUCUCAUCUCUGAUCUCAUUACUGAGAAAUAAGUUUUAUCCCUUGCUAACAUACAAUCCAAAUGUAAAUACUACCCUGCGAAUAAAAAGGAUCGUUCAUAAAUCAGGCAGCUGGAAUGUGUCCGAAGUCAGUAAUAAAUCUGUGAAGUUUCCAUACUGCCCUUUCACACCCAAGACUCCUGGAGAGUCUGUCUCAGAAAGCAGCCCUCUACGAGGGGAACUAACUCCUUAGCAAGUUAACCUAUCCUGAGAAAAUUAACUUCCCUCGAGAAUAAAGACAGACAGCUUGCCAUGGAGACACUGCAGGUCUCCACUGUGUCCGUCCCAGCGCCCAGCCUUUGGCCACAAUUCUCACACUCAGAAGCAAGCCCUCAGUUUGGUUUGCAUUUGCUGUAAGGUUGUGUCAUGUAAACAACUGACUCCUUUUGUCUUUGCAAGGACCUUACACAAAACAAGCUUGUCAGUCUUCUUUUAGUUCAUUUGCUUUGGUCCUGGCAUACUUAUGCCAAGUCUGUUUCGACUGGAUCCUGGGGCCUCCCCUAGAGCAAGGCUUGGCCCUGGGGUCAUACAUUCAGUAUGCACCCUCUGAGUGCCAGACCCAGGGCUGAGAAAAGUCCUAACCCCUGCCCUCUUGGAACUCCUUGAUGUUUCACAGUCACAGUUGCUGACAAACAGCGUAUAUGUGCACUAGGAACGAUUCCUGGAAGCUGAUGACAUGGAGAGUGACAAUGUGUCCCGUCUUUAAGGAACCCACAGAGGGAAACAAUGGCAGGCGCUUCUAAGACAUACAAUAACCGCCCCCCCCCCACGUUAGUGCACACUCCCUGACACUUGGAAUGUGUUAAAGAAGAAAUGCAUCUGUCUCCCCUGCUCCUCCUUUCUUUCCUGACUUGGAAUUUUUUAAUGAUAAUCAGUACUGGCAUUUCUAAAAGCCACAAAUAAGUAUAAUUACCACUUCUGAGCUGAGCACCUGUCUGAGAAGGAGCCUGACCAGACAAGGAAUUCACAAGCCAGAGAGAAUCAGACAGGCUGCGCAGAGCGGAAGGUAAAAACAACCCUCACCUGCGUAUCCUACAGUGGAACCUCUUCCAAAACCAGCCAGGUCAAGACAAUACCUCAUUAGUGGCAGAUUCCCCACAGUCCAGUGAGGGACCGUGGUACUUGAGGGGAAGUGCUAUCUAAACAGGAUCUUUGGGGGAACCUUUAAACUCAUGGGUAAAAUCCUCUUCCUGCCCCUCCCCUUUCAGAAGAGAACAUGUCAGCAAUAAGCCAAGCCAAGCAGCUAAAAUGUAAAAUACAAAGUCAAUCCAGAGAGAAAACUGAAGUGUUCACCCACCGCUUCCUCCACAGAAUCUUCCAGACGCCUGCAAGUUCUGUCUUUAAGUUGAACCGCUCAAGUUUAUGAACUGUGAAAUGUCCACAUCCCUCUCUCUCAGCCCACAUAGACCAUUCAAAUUUAUGAAGUUGUAUCAAACUGCCCAUUCAGCUAAAUUGCAGUGUUUAUUCCUGUCCUGCAGAAAUGCCACAACCUUAUGGGAAAUGUGACAGCCCAUUCUGCUGAUCAGAUACAUGCAUAAACAACGUCCGUUCACACUGCUGAGCCGUCUGCACAUCAUCCAUGUGCCCCCUAUGGAGUUCAGGGGCGUGGGAGUGGAUGGGUGGGGAGCCCAUCGGUUUCCUAGUGCUUUGUGUAAUGGAGCCUCGGUCUCUCUUCUGUAAGUACAUCCCUGAAUGACAAACUGGAGACAGAAGGUUCUCCAAGGAGCCCAGGAAAUUUGAGUUGCAGUCUACCAGAAAGAGUUUCAUCUGUUGGUGGACACACAGGGCUUUGAGGAUCAUGUCUGUUCUAGGAAUUCCCAAUGUUUUUCUCAAAACCUGAAAGCUGCUAAAGCAAAAGAAUCAAAGGCCCAGAGGACAAAUAGUGGAAACGGAACUUUCCUUAUACUGUAGGUUUGUAAUGUAGGAUUCUGUGGUUGUAUCAUGCCAGGUCAUAUUUCUGGGUGUUCAAGAAGUCUUGUUUUACACUUUUGCUCAUCGUGAUAGCCAGAGACAAGUAACCGUGGAGUGUGUGUCAGGCCAGGAGCCAGUUGUCUCCCUCCGCCCCCCUCCGAGGCUACAGGCUUUGUAAUAGAGUAGCAGAUGGUGAGCUCCUUUGCUUUACAAUCUCCUGUAGGACAGGGCUUCCAUAGUUCCCUAGCCAUAAACCUGUCCCCUGUUUUCAUAUGUUCCAUUUGGAAUAGUGUUUCAGCUAAAACUAGAAAGAGAAAGAAAGAAAGAAAGAAAGAAAGAAAGAAAAAAGAAAGAAAGAAAGAAAGAAAGAAAGAAAGAAAGAAAGAAAGAAAGAAAGAAAGAAAGAAAGAAAGAAAGAAAGAAAGAAAGAAAGAAAGAAAGAACCUUAAGAACUUGGGGCACUUUCCUUCACUUAAUGGAAAUUGUAUUUUCUAAGAAUUUGGAAGUCUGUGUACAGUUUCUGGGCUGGGAGAACUGGGUUGCUACCCACACAUCAGCCAUCAUUGUCUUGGUCUCUGGAGCACUAUUUAAUGGGCCCAAUGUGUACCUCAAGAUAAAUGCAGUAUAUUGUGUCUAAAAAAGAAAAAUCCAUUGUUGAUUUAAAUGGUUCUGAAAUGUCUAUAAAUAAAGAAAUUUUCAAGGUU